AUGGCGCCAAACACUCCUGCUGGGCGACCAGGGACCCUUACAGCAGACGAAGAGGAGAAGCUGCGACAGUUAUGGGCAGUGACGAUGAAAGUAUUUGGUGUGGGAACAACUUUGGAAGAGGCAAGCGGUGUUGAUAGUGCUGUAUCGGCGCCUGUCAGUGAAGCAUCGGACAAUGAUGGGAAGAAGGAGAAGAAAAAGAGUCGACUGAGUGUUUUCAAGCGAAGCAAGGGCGAUAAGGGCGCUGAUGCUGAGACUAUUGCAUCGGGGGCAAGAACGUCGACAGACAUUCACUCAAUCUCCUUACCCGCCGACGAUGACAAGUUUGGACAAAACCAGGAAUAUAAGGCCGCGUUAGCAAACACUCCACCGGAGGAAUUGCGACAAGCAUUUUGGGCAAUGGUCAAGCACGAUCAUCCCGAUGCUCUGCUUCUUCGAUUCUUGCGCGCAAGGAAAUGGAAUGUGGAGAAGGCGCUUGUCAUGAUGGUCUCAACAAUGCACUGGAGACUAAAGGAUAUGCAUGUUGACGACGAUAUCGUACUGAACGGCGAACUGGGCGCAGUCGAGCAGGCAGGAGGCAGCGAUGCAAAGGUCAAGAAGAAUGCUCAAGAUUUUCUGACACAAUUGCGCAUGGGCAAAAGUUACCUGCAUGGCCUUGACAACGAAGGCAGGCCCAUGUGUUUUGUUCGCGCCCGUCUGCACAAAGCGGGCGAUCAGACAGAAGAGAGUCUAGAGAAGUUCACCGUCUUCACCAUCGAGACUGCUCGCAUGCUCCUCAGGCCGCCUAUCGACACCGCCACUGUCGUCUUCGACCUCACCGACUUUUCCAUGGCGAAUAUGGACUACACGCCCGUAAAAUUCAUGAUCAAGUGCUUCGAAGCAAACUACCCAGAGUCUCUCGGCACGGUGCUGGUCUACAAAGCACCUUGGGUCUUCAACGCUGUGUGGAGCAUCGUACGCGGCUGGCUUGACCCCAUUGUAGCUUCCAAGGUCCACUUUGCGAAGAACAUUGAUGAACUACAAAAGUACGUUCCUAGAUCCCAGAUACCAGCGGACUGUGGUGGAGACGAAAAGUGGCAGUACGCGUAUCCCGAGCCCAUAGCAGGCGAGAAUGAUCGCAUGAAAGACGUGGCCACGAAGCAGAGUCUACUGGCGCAACGAAAGAGCAUUGUAGAGAGAUAUGAGACAACGGUGCUGGAUUGGGUACGUACAGGCAGAGAAGGGCAGGGCGCCGACGGGCGGAGACAGGAAAGAGACGCUGUUGCCGAGGAGCUCAGGCAGAACUACUGGCAAGCGGAUCCAUAUGUGCGCGCGCGCUCACUGUACGAUCGCAUGGGGGUGAUUGGCGAUGGUGGGAAAGUCGACUUUUACCCACAGGCCAGAAAGGAGAAUGCGAAGCCAGCGGCGAACACGAGUGCAGAUGACCUGGAUUAA